UCCAUUUGUCGUCCCUAUCCAAGUUGUGUCCACCAUGUCAUCCUCACUAAUCAUAACCCAAGCAACCACCUUCUUUGUCGAACCCAACCUACCAAACCUCCACGCCAUGCUGCUCACUUCCUUGGGUGGGACUAUCUCCUUCUUAAUAUCAACUAAACUCAUGUUUUAUCUGAGGAUGCUAUUCGGUUCUUCUACUCAAAUCUUCGAUCUCCGGGUUCAUGAUGAAAUUGGCCGCCUUACGGGCCAAACCAUUGUCCUUCCGAUAUCUGAUCAUGUUCUGAUUCUUCCUCCCCGCCUCCGAAUUUUUCACUAUAUCCCCGCCCACUUCUUCCUCCCACGUGAUGCUGAUCUUGACCAAUUUCUCCCUCUCGACGUCUGGAUUCUUGCUCACGCAGUCGAAGGUAGGCCUCUUAGCUAUCCACAUCUCUUAUCUGGUGGAUUCCUUCCAUACCGUGAUCCAGAUCUUCAGGAUCCUCUCCCUCUCGACAACAUUAUCUUCCAUUUCCUGUUCGUGUUGAAGAUGAAGGAGAAGAAAGGUAUAUAACUCAAGAAGACUUCGGAAGCAAUAAUCCCUAGGAUCAUUUUCACAAUCAAUCUUUUGGGUUGCUGUUUAUGUCUGGACUUUUGGAAUUUUGUUUGGUGGUUUGGAAUUUUUGCUUCUCUUUGGAAUUUGUGUGUUGAAUGUUGCUUGAUGGUUAAGUGUUGGACAUUGUUUAGCUGUGAACCUUUGAUAGCUUCUUGAUUUAUAGUUGGUUAAACACAACAGGUUGUGAACUUUGGGUUAUUUUACUAAGAUGAUUUCAACUCUAUAAACUCUUAUACUUUUA